AUGAAGUUUUACAGCCUUUUCAGUGUAUCAUUCGUCCUACUCUCUGCAGGCACUUCCGCACUGAAGCCUUACCCACAAGAUGCCAAUGCGGUGAGAAGAGGCACUCUGGCUGGCAGGGCCGCAAAAGUGCCUACCCACAUAGCCAGAGCCCGCCCCCCGAGGGCUCAAGCUGCUCGCCCGAAGAUUAAAACGCCUUCAUCAAAGGCUGGGGGAGCCAAAGAGAAGAAGGCAGGCGCAGCAAAGAAACCCAAAGCCCCUGUCUGCAAAGUCAAGGGAAAGCUUGGCAAGCGAGCUAAUCCAGCAUUACCCGGAACGUGCCUAGGUCGGAAACUUGAGCCCGGCGUGUGCCAUUACUGCAAUAUGAAAGGCGAACGACCCAAACCAAUGCCUUGCAACCCAACUGAACCAUGUAGGAAUGAUAUUGCUGAGCUGCAAGGUUGCGUGGUUUCCCCUAAUCCUCGUGACAAAUUCGCCACCUGCGGGCUUCCGAGUCCUCCUGGGGACCCAGAAGAGGUUUGA